UAGCGCACGCGUACUGUCAUGCCUGAGGUGGGGGGGUGGUUAAACAUGGCUGAGCUUUUCCAGGGAGAAAAAUGUUGAGAUUCUCUGUUUCGAGCUCUGAAAUUCACGAGAAAUGGCGAGAUUGGCCGAUUACUUCGUGGUUGUCGGUUACGACCCUGAAAAGACGGGAUCUGUUGAAGGUUCAGGGAAGAUAAUUCAGCGUUUCCCACAAAAAGAUUGGGAUGAUGCACCUUUUCCACAGGGAAUAGAAUUGUUUUGUCAACCUGGUGGCUGGCAACUAUCCACUGAACGAAAGCAGCCGACGUAUUUUGUGGUGGUUUUGACAGACAUUGACUCAGAUCGCCACUACUGUGCAUGUCUAACUUUUUAUGAAGCGGAAAUUAAUUUACAAGGAACUAAACAUGAAGAUACAGAAGGUGAAGAGGAGGAUACAGGGUUAAUCCAACCUGCACAGGUGUUUGCUCCUAAAAGUUUGGUGCUUGUGUCCCAACUGGAUUACCCAGAAAUAUUCAAGGCUUGCCUUGGCCUCAUUUACACGGUGUAUGUCGACAGUCUGAACGUGAAUUUGGAAAAUGUGAUUGCUAAUCUUUUUACCUGUUUGGUGCCAGUUGCUGGAGGAUCUCAGAAACUAUUCUCAUUGGGAGCUGGAGAUAGACAAUUGAUUCAGACUCCUUUGUAUGAUGGUCUUCCUGUGACAAACACAAGUGUGGCUCUUCUUUUCCAACAGCUGGGGAUCCAACAAGUGUUCAGCCUUUUCUGUGCUGUGCUCACAGAAAAUAAAGUUCUUUUUCAUUCAACCAGCUAUCAGAGACUUAGUGAAGCAUCCAGAGCACUAGAGUCUUUAAUAUUUCCUCUAAAGUAUAGUUACCCUUACAUUCCGAUUCUCCCUGCACGACUCUUGGAAGUGUUAAGCUCACCAACUCCAUUUAUCAUUGGUGUACACUCCAUGUUUCACAAUGAAAUUAAUGAUCUGUUAGAUGUAAUCGUUGCUGAUUUGGAUGGAGGUACUAUUAAAAUCCCAGAAUGCAUUCAUCUCUCCCAGCUGCCAGAGCCUCUCUUACAUCAAACCCAAGCAGCGCUUUCUCUUGUUAUUCAUCCAGAUCUGGAAGUAGCUGAUUAUGCUUUUCCUCCCGCUCGUACAGCUCCUUCUAACCUAAGAUUGUUGGAUAAGGAAGUCAGGGCAGUAUUUCUUAGAUUGUUUGCACAGCUCUUUCAAGGGUAUAGAUCAUGCUUGCAACUGAUUCGAACCCAUCCUGAACCUGUAAUACACUUUCACAAGGCAGCAUUCCUGGGACAGCGUGGAUUGGUUGAAAAUGACUUCCUGACAAAAGUUCUUGAUGGAAUGGCAUUUGCAGGAUUUGUGUCAGAAAGAGGACCUCCCUACAGAUCUUGUGAUUUGUUUGAUGAUUUGGUUGCUUUUGAUGUGGAAAGAAUCAAAACUGAGGAGGGAACUCCACCAAAAAUGUUAAAACACAUACGAGAGCUUGCAGAACAGCUGUUCAAGAAUGAAAAUCCAAAUCCACACAUGGCUUUUCAGAAAGUGCCUAAACCAACUGAAGGUUCACAUAUGAGGGUGCAUGUACUUCCGUUUCCCAGGAUAAAUGAAGAUAAAGUACAGGCUCUUCUCCAAGAAGGUCUCUCCAAGCACCUUAAUUCACCACCUGCUGUUCGGGUUGAGAAAAAGUGCAUUGUGCCUGCUGGCCCACCGGUUGUGUCAAUAAUGGAUAGAAUGGGAUCCAUUUUUAAUAGUGCCCGCAGACUGGAGGUAGUUCGAAACUGCAUCUCCUAUAUAUUUGAAAAUAAAGUACUGGAGACUGAGAAGACCCUUCCAGCUGCAUUGCGCGCCCUGAAGGGACGGGUAGCACGGCAGUGUCUCAUACAGGAGCUAAGUCUACAUGUUCAACAAAAUCGAGCAAUACUGGAUCACCAACAAUUUGACUACACAGUCAGAAUGAUAAACUGUGCAUUACAGGAUUGUUCAGCUUCUGAAGAAUAUUGUGUUGCUGCUACGUUGCUGCCACUGACAACAGCAUUUUACCGGAAAUUGGCAACAGGGGUCAACCAGUUUGCUUAUACCUGUGUACAAGACCACCACGUCUGGACUAAUCAACAGUUUUGGGAAGCCACAUUCUACAAUGAUGUGCAGAAUCAAAUAAGGGCACUCUAUCUCACCUCCAGAAAUGAAAAUUUUCCAUCAAAUUUCAAGCAAAAGGAUAAAGAUCCAAUGCCAACAGAGCAUGAGAAAACAGCUAUGGAUGUUGCAGCAGAGCAGCUGCGUUUAUGGCCAACACUCCACAAAGAGAAACAGCAGGAGCUGGAAAAGGGAGAGGAAAACACUGUGUUUAGCCAAGCCAUUCAUUACGCCCAACUCAUGGUCUACCUGCUGGUUCCUUUAGACACAAGCAAAAACAAGCUACUGCGAAAUGCUACAACAGGAGACUGGGAAAGUGGGAGCAAUAGUUUUGUCACCAACAGCAUUGCCGGCAGUGUCGCUGAGAGUUAUGACACCGAAAGUGGGUUUGAGGAUGCAGAGAACAAUGAUGUUGCCAACUCAGUAAUUCGUUUUAUUACCAGGUUUAUUGACAAAGUCUGCACUGAGAGUGGGGUCACACAGGACCACAUCAAGAAUCUGCAUUGUAUGAUACCAGGAAUUGUGGCUAUGCACAUUGAGACACUUGAGGCCGUUCAUCGGGAAAGCAGGAGGCUUCCACCAAUACAGAAGCCCAAGAUUCUGCGGCCAGCUUUACUACCUGGUGAAGAGUUUGUUGGUGAGGGAUUGCGUGUUGUUUUGGACUCAGAUGGUCGAGAGGAGGCAUCAGGAGGAGUACUAGGUGGACCACACAUUCUGCCUGCAGAGGGGGCCUUAUUUCUAACCACAUACAGAAUUAUUUUCAAGGGCACACCACACGAUCCCUUAGUGGGCGAGCAAACAGUGGUUCGAAGUUUUCCCAUUGCAUCAAUGACAAAGGAAAAAAAGAUCAGUAUACAAAACCAGCUCCAACAAAAUAUGCAAGAAGGACUACAGAUUCGAUCAGCAACCUUUCAGAUAAUUAAAGUAGCAUUUGAUGAAGAAGUGACCUCUGAGAUGGUGGAGAUCUUCAAGAAGCACAUAGUGAAGUUUCGGUAUCCACAGUCUGUCCUCAGCACUUUCGCCUUUGCUGCAGGUCAGAAUGCACCACAGAUAAUUUUACCAAAACAGAAGGAAAAAAACACUUCAUUUCGCACCCUUUCCAAGAAUAUUGUAAAAAGUGCGAAGAAGGCUGGAAAAAUGACCAUAGGCCGUCAGUAUACAGUGAAAAAGAAACCAAUUGUUUUGACAAUAGAUGAAAGAGGCAAUCGAUCAGGCUGGAAUGAGGAUGAUGAUGUUUCAGCUUCAGAUGAUGGUGAACUUCCCACAAGUAGCACUUUGAAAGCUUCAGAAAAGUCAACUAUGGAACAGUUAGUAGAGCGAGCGUGUUUCCGGGACUACCAGCGGCUGGGUCUGGGAACUAUCAGUGCAAGCUCAUCUCGUUCAAAGACAGAGCACUUCAGGAUAACUGCUGCCAAUAGGAUGUAUUUACUAUGUAGAAGUUAUCCUGGACUUUUGGUAGUACCUCAGACUGUGUUGGACAGCAGCUUACAGAAGGUUGCACGUUGUUAUCGACACAACAGGCUGCCAGUUGUGUGUUGGAAACACACUAAAACAAAGGCUGUUCUGCUGCGCUCUGGCGGAUUCCAUGGAAAGGGAGUUGUGGGACUCUUUAAAUCCCAAAAUCCACACUCAGCUGCUCCUGUGUCCUCAGAAUCAUCAAGUAGCAUUGAACAAGAAAAGUACCUACAAGCUUUGCUGAAUGCAGUACCUAGCUUCUCCAAAAUGAAUGGCAGCAGCACACUCACUGGCCAUCCCAACGUCACCUUUUCUCCAGAUAUAGCCAUUGACAAACGGUCCUCUCGAACAACCAGCGUUGUAAAGCAGAUGGUUCCACCACAUUUGGAUGUGCAUCUCCCAAACAGUUUUACACGCGGAGUAUUUGGGUACAGGGACAAGCUGUUCACUCAUUCUCAGCAAAAGAGUACCGUCAAGGGAAGAGUCUUCAAUCAAGGUAUGUGGGCCAGCCUGCGUUCAAGCAAUCGCUUCAAUACCCAGUUUGCAACCACUGAUGUAGGAGCAAGAUUAGCAGGAAAGGAAUCCCCUGUGACUGCCGGCAAUGACAAUUCUCUGCAGAACCAGCUUCUAAAACACCAAGCAGCACUGUACCUGUUUGGGGAAAAAUCUCAGCUGAGAGGCUUUAAACCUGACCUUGCAGUUAACUGUGAGCUGAUACCUGUGGAUUACUGCGAUAUUCGUCAGGUGAAAGCCAGUUUCAAAAAGUUAAUGAGGGCAUGUGUACCCAGCACAAUCCCCAAUGACGCAGACAUGACUUUGUACAGGUUACUAGGAGAAUCUGAAUGGCUGUUGCAGAUACACCGAAUAUUGCAACUGGCUGUGAUGAUAGCAGAGCUGCUUGAGAGAGGUUCCUCAGUAAUGGUAAGCUUGGAAGAUGGCAUGGACAUUACCACACAGGUGGUUUCUUUGGUGCAGUUGUUGUGUGAUCCAUUCUACAGAACACUCGAUGGUUUUAAAACACUGAUCGAAAAGGAAUGGUUGUCCUUUGGCCACAAGUUCAGCCAACGUAGUAAUCUAACUCCCAAUAGUCAGGGAAGUGGCUUUGCUCCAGUCUUCCUGCAGUUUUUGGACUGUGUACACCAGAUUCAUCACCAGUAUCCAAUGGAGUUUGAGUUCAACCAGUAUUAUCUGAAGUUCUUAGCCUACCAUUAUGUGUCCAAUCGCUACAAAACCUUCCUGCUUGAUACUGAUUAUGAAAGACUAGAACAUGGAAUUUUAUUUGAGGACAAGGUUGACAAACAGGCAAAAAAAGGAAUCUGUAUUUGGGAAUGUAUUGACAGAAUUCACAAGAAAGGACCUGUUUUCUUCAGCUAUCUGUAUAAUCCUGAAGAAGGGGAGAAACAUGUACUAAGGCCCUGCAUAAACGUUUCUGCUCUGAAGAAGUGGGAUUACUACACAGGAGAGACACUUUCCAGUGGUCCUUCGUAUGAGUGGGACAUGGUGACUGUAAAACCAGGUGCUACUGAGGACCUAGAGCAGACUGAUGGUUCAGUUCCACAAACCCACAGAAAAAUAGUGUGGCCCUGUUAUGACAAUGUCAGCAAAGUACAGCCGGACGCCAUUACCAAACUCCUUGAGGAGAUUGAAAGACUAGAGAAUGAAUUGAGCCAAAGUGCUGAAUGGUGGAAACCAGUCUGGGAUCGAGUAAAAGUCAGUCUCAAAGAAGACAUAAAAACAGAGCAAACUAGAGCUGCCUCAUCGCUCAUGGCAUCUAAUGUGCAGUCCUUUCAGAGGAGGUCAAUGCUACAUUUGGCAGACAAUGGGAUUGGUGAGAAUGAUCGGAGCACCACUACAUCACCUUCUAACGGAGUAAACACAAGGAGAGCAGCAACUCUGUAUAAUCAGUUUUCUUCAAAGGAUGUGGAGAACAGAUCAUUUGAAGGUGUGCUUUACAAGAGAGGUGCUUUACUGAAAGGGUGGAAACCUCGAUGGUUUGUUCUAGAUAUAACUAAGCACCAGUUACGGUACUAUGACACUGGCGAAGAUACAAACCCCAGAGGGUUCAUAGAUCUGGCUGAGGUUGAGUCAGUUAUUCCAGCAUCAUCAACAUUAGGUGCACCUAAGCAUUCAAACGAGAGAGCAUUCUUUGAUUUGAAGACAAGUAGACGUGUUUAUAAUUUCUGUGCACAAGAUGUGCAAAUUGCUCAACAGUGGAUGGACAAGAUCCAGAACUGCAUUUCAGAUGCCUAACAAGAUGCAUUUUAAAAAGACCAGGUGGGAUUGUACCAGUCAUAAGAGAUUAAAGCCCAGCGCCACUAAAAUAAAUAAAAUAAAAAAGGUAUCAAAGGAUUACAUCAGUGAAGCAGGUGAAAACCACUAAUAGUUCAGCAGAAGAAUCUGGCAAGCAACUUCAGCAAAAGAAACUUGCACUCUUAACACAUCUUUAACAAUGUGAAAUGUAAACUUCAGCCACUAAAGACCUUAAUGUUCUGUAAUAUAGUCGUGGAUCCUCUGCUUUCAAAGUUUUGCUUGCAGUUUUUAGUCAUUGACACCUUAGUCCUGAAAUGCUCUGGAUAGUGGAUAGCAUGAAUUUAGAACUGUGCAAAAAUUAAUAACUUGUAAAAUAACAUUAAUUUUGUACUUUAUUGCAUAUCUGUAUCUAAAGCAAAAAAAUGCCUGAGCAGUACUCUAAAAUGCAUUGGAAUGUUUGCGCUCAAACCUAUGAAACAGAUGAGAGUGCAAUAACAGUCAAUAUGGUCAUUCAUGAUCAAGAUCAGUUCUGUUAUGCCAGUUUUGUAGAAUAUGUAUAUAAAUGGACAAAUGUUUUUUUUUUCAGUAGCUUACCUUGAUAUGUAAAGGGGUUUUGCACACUAAAAAUUAGUAACAUUUUCUUAAUUUUUUUUACAGUUGAUACUUUUUUUAAAAAGGAGUUUUGCAGAAUGUUUGUGUUAUUGCCCUACUGAAGAACUUAUCCCACAUUUUAACAAUUUCCUGUUAUUUACUGGAGACUCUUAAAUUUUAUGUAGCUUGUGACAUGUUUCUGUGGUAUCUUUAUAGCAUGUUUAUAUGUUUAUUACAUUUGUACUUUUGAACGAAUUGUAUAUAUGGCUUAAUUUGGUUAUAAUUCUCUUCCCUGAAUUGCUGGAUAUAAAUGAACCUAAUUUUAACCAAGUAAUGUUUUAAAGAGCACUAGAAAAGCUAUAAACUUCAUGUACUAAGUCAUAUGCAUAUGGGACCAAAAGAUUUAUCAUGCACAGCUAAAGUAAAACAAAAGGUGUGCAUUUCCUUGUGAGGCUGAAAUCCACUAAAAUUGCCCAUAAUUUCAUAUUAGCUUGAAAGGAUUGGCAGGCAGUUUUGACCACAAUAUGACUUUGCUAAUGAUUUCAAACAGUAGCCUCAAAUUGCACAUAACCUUGUUUUAAUUUGUGGAGUUUGUAUAUACCGUUCAUUUUGCUUUGUAAAAUACUGAUAUUGUGUAGUUCUUUGUUGAAUUAAAUGCAACGUCACUAAUUUUUUUCAAUCAGUUUUAUGUAAAUUGCUUUAUGUUGCAUUGAAUUUUAUGAUGUUUACACUAAAGUACUUGUAAAACA